ACAAGCAAUUUCCUCAAUACUAUCCGCCUUCAUCAGCUUACAACUCUCUAUUUCCUCCCUCUUCCUGCUCCAUCACUUCGGCCAUGGCGACAACAGUGUGCCGUUCAAUCAUGGCCGUCCGAUUCUCAUCUCUCUUCGUCUCCAAACGCCUUCUCUCAUCCACAUCUUCCAUAGCCAGAGCUCCACCUCUCCCGGGCUUCGUUCGGCCCGCACGGUCCACCUCCGUUCUCUCUCACUCACUCCGGAUGGUUGUUCCCGGCGCGGCUCGGCUGAACCUGGUCAGGUGCAGGGUGAACCGGUCUGGAGGGUCGAGCUAUUCGCCGCUCAACUCCGGUUCGAACUUCAGCGACCGACCGCCGACGGAGAUGGCUCCGCUGUUCCCUGGAUGCGAUUACGAGCACUGGCUUAUCGUCAUGGACAAGCCUGGUGGUGAAGGCGCAACCAAACAGCAGAUGAUCGAUUGCUACAUCCAAACCCUAGCCAAGGUCCUUGGAAGUGAAGAGGAAGCAAAGCAAAAAAUUUACAAUGUGUCCUGUGAGAGGUACUUUGGUUUUGGAUGCGAAAUUGAUGAGGAGACAUCUAAUAAGCUCGAAGGUCUGCCUGGUGUUCUUUUUGUCCUUCCUGAUUCUUAUGUUGAUCCAGAGAACAAGGAUUAUGGUGGUAUGCCUUAUAGACAUUUAUGUGCUGUUUUGAGAUGCUUUGUGUUUCUGAUUAUAAAUUAUCGUGUGCUAAUGCCAAAUUUAUCUAUUUAUAUUUUUUGGUUGGUUGGUUGUUUGGUUGAUAUCUAUACUAUAUUAUAAUGUGAGCCCCCCCUU